CGUAACCGAUUCUGCUGGCAGUGCUCGAAYUUCAAACAGCAAUAACGAGGUUUUGAAUCCUACGUUUCGUCCGUUGGACGGAAKMAAAGCAGUGACAGCGACGGCAACAACGGCAGAGGCAAAAUGGGGAGGAGCGAGGAACGGGAACAAACACGAACCUUGCACGACGAGUUUGUUGCCCCGCCGAGUUGCUGGUUCGACACGUCUCCGCUCCCGGCUGGAAGCUCAUCGAACACCACUUGCGAUCGUCGUUCUAGGUUGAACUCCAGUGGCAGCAACUGUUACGACGAUGAGGUGCACGAGACAGAGCAAUAUCGCAAUGGCGAGCAGUCAAUGCKAGAGGCAAAAGAAACAAUCCACACGGAACAACACGAACGACAGGCCAUGGACAACCAGGAAGGGGAUAGAUAUCAGCAACGGAAGGAAACGAAGGAAGUCGAGGACGCCUUCCGACAAAACCCAUCCUGUUAUCCGCACCACCGCCGGGAUUCGAAACCAAUCCCGGCAAUCUCCGGGCUUCGAUCCGCUCCGYCAUCUUGUGGGCCGUGUUCCGGGUCCCUGGCCAGGAUGCCUCCCGGCGCGGAUUCGGUGGUGGUGGGCAACACCCGUCCAUCGCCCUCGUGGCAGGAAAUUUCCUCUCAGGUCUUGCCGGCGGCGGCGAGGGAGCUCCUCUCUUCCUCGAUUCGCCGGAUUUACUACACGGCAAGAAUAUCCUACUCGAAAGGGAGGUGGCACCGAAAAUACAGCGACAUGGGCCACGAUGCCGGUGGCUUCUCCGUCUCGCCGUCCUCCAACCUAGAGUUUCCGCAUCACCUCUCCGAACUCCCUCCCUUCUCCAGUCUGCCCUGGGUGGAUCGGCAGCUCGUGCGRGAAUGGAGGACCUACCUGCCAGAAACACCGCAGGGGGUUGCCGAAACAGAGGACUUUGAUUUCGAGCAGGCACGGACUCUGGUACCUACCCAGAUAGCGCGGCCCGUAUGGCAAAAAGCAGACGUAUGCAAAGCAUGUCACAAGCCCUUUGGCCCUSUGCGGUUGCGACAUCACUGCCGGUCCUGUGGGCACAGCUUUUGCCAGGACCAUUCGCAGUCUAUCCAACGCUUGCCGCACCUGGGAUACGACAGCGACGUCCCGGAGCGCGUCUGCGACACCUGCAAGCGCAUCCUGGAGGAGCAAAACCUCGCUGAGCGRGUGGUCUGGCGGCUGGCAAGGUGCCGGGACCACACCAACGACCGCCUGACGCCCUACUUUGAGACCGGGAUCGAUUCUGCAGAGGCCGUGGCGCUCCGCCUCACGAACGCUGCCAUUGCCAUGGCCAAGUCCAUUCCRCUCGGAGCCCAGGCAACUAUUGCGGUCGAUACCGUAGAUGUCCUGAGAAAGUAUGGCCUGCACGGUAUAUAUGGGAUCAUACUGCGGCAGGAAUUCCUYGCGGCGGCGGAUCUCUUGCGCAAGGCACUGGGCAUCAACAAGUCGUCCUGGCCACUCAGCGUCCACGAACUCAGCGCGGCCAUAUUCUACGCCCUCGCGCAGCACCGAGCGAUGCGCGGGUUGUCCCCAGACCGGGAGCACACGAUCCACCGGUUUCGGUCGGCUACGGUUGGGUGCCAGGGGAACGAGACGCCAGCGAAAAGCCGMGUUGGAGGGACACGGACACCCGCCGUGGAUCCUGCUACAAGCCAUGUGCGUGGCAGGGGCUGCAACAAUGUUCCCRUGGCGGUAGACAGUUACGAGCUCUCGGCUCUAGAUUUUCGAAAYAGCCCGGUGGUAGACGAGACCGACACAUACAAUCCGGUAUUUUCGAAUUACGUGAAACUGGACGAAAAGCUCCAAAAUCCGGUCCAACGAGACCCAAGACAGGGCUCCCUUGCUUCUACAGAAAUCGAUGGGCAAAAGCACACCGAAAUGAAACAUGGACAGAAACAGCAACAACAAAAUCUUCCAUUGCCAAACUUCACUCCUGUGUGUGAUCCUGUACCGGACAAGGUGCUAGGKUCGUUGAUAUUUUAUGCUCCCAUUGCGCUCAACUUUAUUUAUGCUACCAAGGAGGUCGAAAUGCAGCUCCUCGCUGGACAACAAGGGUGGCGAUUGCUGUAUGCCUAUUUGCACCAGGAUACAGAUUCGCUGAAAACUUGUGAUAGACCGGCCUCUGCGAUGUUCGUGCACCGAGAACACAAGAUUGCAUGCCUAUCGGUUCGUGGUACGGCCACAAUCAACGACGUCAUUACCGAUAUCCGCCAAACACCAGUACCCUUYCCCAACAUAGACCUAGACCGUGAGAGUUCUGAAAACGAGGACGGAGACUGGACCAAUAUAGAUCGUGGCCAAGGCCUUGCUCUUUGUGGAAUGGUAGCCGCGGCUUCCAAUCUCUUUUCGGAGCACAUCGAUUCGCUCAUCUACUUUGUCAAACAAGGAUACAGAAUUCGAUUGGUUGGGCACAGUCUUGGUGGUGGGGUCGCAACAAUGAUAGGAGUUUUGGUUCUGAGAUAUUUGGAGCAGCUAGGUUAUUCGAACCCGACAGAUGGAUCCAAUUCGGAGGACAUUGCUCUCCUGAAAGUUUACGCCUAUGGGACACCAUCUUGUUUUGAUUCGAAACUGGCCAACUUGGUGGAUUCGUUUGUUACGACCGUGGUGCUUCACGACGAUGUCUUCCCCCGCCUCACUCCCACCAGCUGCCGAGGUUUGCUGAAACACCUCUUGUACAUUCGAGAAACCUGGGUAGAGAARCAUAUCCAAGAGGAUCUACGUGCGGUAGGUGAACGCGCCAGAAAAGCAUGGGCUCCGCGUCUCCGACAGAAUUUUGCGYUGCGAUCCUCCACAAAAUCCAUUAAGAAGUACUGCAAAAAACAGAUACUGCGUGGGAAAGGAAAGCUGAUGUCUGUAAGGAAUGAUGCAAUKACUAGGGCCUCAAAUGCAACUUCAGAUAUCGACAUUAGAGACAUUCGUGGCAACAAUUCCAGGGACGAAUGUUCUGAGUUUGCUGAAAUUGAAUCACUGACUUCUGAUCCAAGCGAAUGGGGAGAGAAGUUUUUCGUGCCAACAACGAACUUGUCAAUGUCGAGCUCCAAUGACGAGACCGAUAAACAUGAAAAAGUUAUUGAUGAAACGGAGCUACAUGAUUCCGAGGCACAACUGCUCCUAGAAUUUCUUGGUGCAGGGGACAACCGAAAAGAAGGUGUGAUCAUUGACGGAGACGAAUUUUUUGAGCCAGAAGGAAACUUUGUUGCGGAUAGCGUUGAUGAAUCGCAAUCGAUAGGAGGCGAUCAUUUUAGUGAUCCCAUCGGAGAACUAACGAGCAGUACAACUAUACAGUCGAGCGAUAGCUGGUCACUUGAUAUCAAUGGAAACGAAUUUUCAUCCGAAAAGAAUCAUUCUUCGGUGGACAAUGAUAACGAGAAUGAUCGCGCCGCAGUUGUUUUGGACGAAAGUCCACUUCACAGAAUGUUCUUGCCAGGAAAGGUGGUUCAUAUUUACUCUCAUCGUGGAGUAUACAAAGCAGCAUAUGUUCCGCGUACAUUCAAAGAGCUUCGUCGAAUUAGUUUGGCUGGAAACAUGCUCUCUAAUCACACAACGAAGUCGUACUUUGAAAGUUUACUAGAAGUUCAAACGGUGCGAACCGCAUCCGAAUCGCCUCCCAAAUGGACAGCUUAUGACGARGACGACACCUGCUGCUGCUGCGCCAAUCGAUUUACUUGGGCRAGCACUUCGAAUAGCGAAGCMCAAGAAGCCCGAGACAAACACAAUUGCCGCUCGUGUGGAGGACUUAUCUGCGAUCCAUGUUCAAAGAACCGGGUACCUAUCCCAUCGAUAGGCCURACCGUUCCGGUUCGUGUUUGUGAUCGAUGUUAUAACGACAUAAUGGGUGGGGUUUCGGCUGCGUCUUCGUCCAUGACCAGCAGCGUGAUAGCUGCAGACGAAGACGAACAAGCAGUCGUCAGUUUUUCAACGUCAGAAACUUCGGAAGAAGAGAACAAAAAGCCGGAGAGGAUACGACAAAAACGAAGUGCUGUUGUGGACGAUCUGGUCUCCAAGAUGCGCUCAUCUGCUUUAACAUAAAUCGAACUCUAGUAUGAUUAAAGCACACGAGAGGCUGGGCUCGAGCGCAUCCUUUUCUGAGCAGGAAACGAUGAGACUAUCAUACUAGGUUCUACAGUAYUAUGUUUUCUGCUUAGGCACAACACUAGUUUGAGAAUAUGAUGGAUAGAAAAAUUCAAUCGGAAAGAUAGCAUAAAUGCAGUAUAUCACC